GAAUAAAGAUUAAUGUUGCGUAUUAAAAUCUCUCAGCAUCCUUAGUUUGAGGAGAUUUUGAUGCAAGAGAAAGAAAGUAAAUCCUACCCGAAAUCUCUCAAAAAUUGUUAUCUUAUUAAAUUCUCACUGUGGGUGUUUAAAUUUUAAUACAUUUUUAGGUGUGGAUGGAAUGAGAAGUGGUUAAGAAAUAAUAACAUAACAUAGGAGUAGAGCAUCAUAUCUAUCCAAUUGAAUAGGGGGGCCGCUCAGGCCGUUGGAAAGGGCACAGAACGUGGACUCGACGAGGCUCAGACCUCUUAGUGCCAGUGGUGGGUGUCGUAGUACAGCGCUCACGUGGCGAGAAGCAUGCGGUGCCGUACCGUGCUUUAAUCCGCAGUGUGUGGCGUCGAAGUGUUAUAUAUAUGACCUUAUCUAUCCGCAGCUACAAUGUUCACACGGUUUGAUGCCAACAAGUCCACAAAGGGUGCCAGUAAACUUCGUCGAGAUUUAAUCAACGCAGAAAUAGCCAAUCUAAGGGAGUUAUUACCUCUGCCUCCUUCGACAAGACAACGUCUCUCACAACUUCAACUUAUGGCUUUGGUUUGUGUUUACGUGAGAAAAGCCAACUAUUUUCAACAAGCUUUCAAAUGCCACGACGCUGGAUUACACCAACCACCAACGCCCAAUAUAGGCUUUUCAAAGGCAUUGAGCGGAUUUCUAAUGAUGAUGACGCAAAAUGGGAAGUUACUCUACAUAUCGGAUAACGCUGCGGAAUACUUGGGCCAUUCGAUGGAGGAUCUAUUGAUUCACGGUGACAGUGUAUAUGACAUCAUCGAUAAACAGGAUCAUCAAGCUAUUCAAUGUGAAUUAGGGAGACCAGUAAAUACAGCAACCAAUAACAAUGCCGGAGAUGAAGCGCGAUUAUUCUUGUGUAGGAUGAAUGUGUCGAGGAACGCGAGGAGGCAGAUGAGAUUUGGGGAUCAAAAGGUGGUGCUGGUGCAGGGGAGAUACUUGUCUUUCCUGCCUUUGUGCAGUCGGAACGAGCCCGUGUUCCUCGCUACCUGCACCCCCAUCGCGAUGCCCGAGACGCGAGAGUGCGUCGUCCAGGGCGCCACGAACGUCUUCACCUCCAUCCACUCCAUGGACAUGCGCUUCAUACACAUCGACAGCAACGGUGAGUUCUAUCUCGGCUUCGCGAGGGCCGACCUUCAGGGAGUCUCCUGGUACCGCCUACUUCACUGGGAAUCGACUAGGGAAGCCCAAACUAAACAUAGAUUAAUUACUCAAUCGGAACAAGAACGAUCUUGCAUUCUUUUAGCCCAAUUUCAAAGAAGAUCUGGCGAAUGGAUUUGGAUGCACUGCGUACUACAAGUAAAAGAAAGCUCGGAGAGUAAUCAACAGCCGGUGAUAGUUUGCACAAAUCAAGUUUUAUCAGAGGCGGAAGCAAGCGUAAUGAGAACCAAUAGUUGGCUAUAUCACUAUUAUUCGGUUCAAAAUAAACUGCAAUACGGUCUCUCCUACGACGUGGGGACUUCGACGAGACUUUUGUACUACCCCGAGCACCAUCAAGGACCAGAAUAUGCAACGAGCCAUGAAACGACCGGAUACGUGCAUUUAGCGCCGAUGCCCGCGCCCAUUCAGACACAUUUGGCGCAUCAUGGAGCGCCCACGCACGCACACCAUAACCAACAUCAUCACCAUCAUCGGCGCGCGGAAUCGGAGCCAGUAGAUUACUCGUAUAGUAAGAGGAAACCCAAAGACAUGCAGAAUUUAGAGUUAGAAGUCGCAGAUGUACAUACGAACGAGGAGGGUGGAAGCGGACUGCUGGUGGUCUCCCAUAUGACGGAGAGACCACGAACUCUUCUCAAGGUGGACCCUAGUGACCUCAUGGACCAAUGGAAUCCUAGUCCUCCGUGGUCGGACACUUUACAAAAAGUACCUGACCUAUGCCAUCAAGAAUUAAGUCCAUACAUCGGCAGUACACCACCGACUCCAACGGCCACUCCUAACGUACACUCCGGAAACGCGUUUUCUUUCGAUUGGAUGCCUGAGCAAUACGUGCCAAGUUUAACAGCCGUUUCCGCCGCGCCGGAAGAAGUGGAACGGCCGAACUAUUGGACAUCGGAACAUAGGUUGUUUCCGUUACAACCUCCACCGAAAAGAAGCCAACCUCCGCCAACCAGAUCGGAAUCAGCCGAUAGAGAUACACCAUAGCGCUGUGAUGUUUAUUAUGUGAAAAUUACUCUCGAUUGUAUACACGUCAAGUGCAAUACACGUAUGUCCCCGUUAAGUUUUCGUGAUGUCACGCCCACCGAACCCCAGUACAAACACCGAUGCGACUCGAUGAGUAUAUAAAUUUUAUUUAUUCGAUGGCAACGAGUAGUGCAAUUUUCGCGUAAGCAUAGGCCCACUGUGAACAAAAUCUACCAAUGAUUCCUACGCAAUGUGUUCAAAUGGUGGCCAAUAGUGAAUAAUAAGUUAAGCUAUUAAAGUAGGAUAAAAUGGUUCCUCCGACCGUAAACAGCACGAACCGACCAGUUCCUCCUCGCGAUGGUAUUAGCUGAUUUAAAAGAAGCCCGACGGCGUAAAAGUAAUUUAGUCAAAUUGAAAGUAUUACGCUAUUUUUUUUUGUUUUACACGGUUGUUAGUGCUACAUGAAUUUUAAGUCGACGCCUCGUCCGCAUUUGGUCUCAACGCGUACGAGAUGCACGCAUAAAGUUGAAGACGGUACAUUGAAGGCGCGCGUGCAACCAUCUGUAUUCACUGUUCAGUAUUAAAGCGAAUUUAAGGAGAUCAAACGGAACGACGGUGCACCGCGAAGAUUUAUUAAUUUAUUGACCUGUUAGUUUAAUUAAUUGUAAUAUAAUUAAAAAUGUUUUUUAUUAAUAUUAUUUUUAAUUUUAAUCCGUCCGGAACAUAGUUCAACAUAAGGCAUGUAAAUUUAUCAGUAUUAUUUCCUAUUAAAAACGUAAACGUUUUACAUAAAA